CUGACAAAAACCCAGGUACAUAAAGAGAGAGAGAGAGAGACGUCAAUAAUCAGAAUUAACAGCAGCACUGCACAGGAGAAAAGAAGAAAUGUUUGCAGCAGAAUUAAGACACAGGGGAUACCUGAAAAAUAGUGGACAUGAAAUUGAUGGAAUGAGACUGACCAGAUGGAGUCUCCCCAGUCUCUCCUCCAGACGGAUUGUUCUUCUGGGUCAAACUGGUGUUGGGAAGAGUGCAGCUGGAAACACAAUACUGGGACGGGAAGGGUUCAGAUCUGAGAGGAGUAUGGAUUCAGUAACCCGUGAAUGUUCAGUCGCUCACGCCACUGUUUCAGGCAGAUCAAUGUCUGUAGUUGAUACUCCUGGAUUCUUCGAUUCACAGAUGGAUCCUGGGCAGUUAAAGAAAGCAAUAGCGAGAAGUAUGCAUUUUUCCAGUCCUAGACCACACGUUUUUCUCAUUGUGCUCAGAGUAGAUGACAGAUUCACUGAUCAGGAGAAGCAGUUUCUUCAGAAGAUUGAGAUGGUGUUUGGUCAGGAGGUGUUAAAAUACACCAUCAUUCUCUUCACUCGUGGAGAUCAUUUGGAAGGAGAGUCUGUAGAGGAGCUCAUUGAGGAGAACAGUAGAUUAAGAGAUCUAGUAGAUCAGUGUGGAGGCAGAUAUCACGUCUUCAACAAUAAAGAUCAGAGUAACAGAGAGCAGGUGAAUGAUCUACUGCAGAAGAUUGACACAAUGAUAGAGCAAAGAAAGGAACAGCACAGAAAAAGACAGUAGAAAGUUGUCUUACACUUUUCAGAUAGAGAGUUGCUUUUAGAAUAUUCCUUUCAUGUUCCCGUUUUACAUGUCAUAGUACAUAGAUCGAUUAA